AUGGCCCUUCCCUUUGGCCGCCCAGGCACCGGCAUUCCUGGACAUCCCCCCCACCCUGCUCUUUCCCACCCAGUGAUGAUGAUGCACGAGGAGGACAUCCCCACCACCAUGGGUCCCAGCCACUCUGCCGUUAUGCCCCCCUGCCAGCCUCCAGUCCCUAGAUGCCCAUCGCCUACCCAAGCAGACCACGACCCCCUACCCCCCUUCAUCCUGAACCCUGGACUGGCCUCGACCCACCAGCAUACCCUCCACCAGCAUCCUCCAGCCCAGCUACUCAACCCCAGCAUACCUCCGCCGUUACCCCUCCAGCCCAGCAUACCCAGCCCAGUUUACCCCCAGCCAGCAUACCCUCAGCAGCAUACCCUCCAGCCCAGCAUACCUCCAACCCAGCAUACCCUCCAGCCAGUUUACCCUCAGCCAGCAUACCCCCCAGCCCAGUUUACCCCAGCCAGCAUACCCUCCAGCCCAGCAUACCCCCAGCCCAGCAUACCGUCAGCCAGUCUACCUCAGCCAGCAUACCCCAGCAGCAUACCGUCCAGCCAGUUUACCCCCAAACCCAGCAUACCCCACCAGUUUACCCUCCAGCCAGCAUACCCCCAGCCAGCAUACGUCCAGCCCAGUUUACCCUCCAGCCCAGCAUACCCCAGCCAGCAUACCGUCCAGCCAGUUACCCCCAACCAGCAUCCCCCAGCACAUACCCCCAGCCAGCAUACGUCACCCAGUUUUACCCCCAACCCAGCAUACCCCCAGCAGCAUAUCCCCAGUCCAGUUUACCCCCAGCCCAGCAUACCCCCAGCCAGAUACCCCAGCCCAGCAUACCCCCAGCCCAGUGACAGACGACAGAGAAAACACCAUACCCAUGCCUUGGCCUAA